GCCUAGGGAUCUGGAAUCCCGGGACAUGUCAAACCCUUUAUAGUUUGCUUUAGAACCCAGGGAAGAGAGCCACAAUCUCAGACAACUAUGACUACGCAGCGCACAGACAGUAUUUGGCUAAGUGGCGCAAGUCAGGGAAAUGUGUCUGGCAACGGAAUCGACAAUCCUGUGUAUAAUGAUGAUGAUGGCUCUAGUUCUGCUGUGAUUGAGGUGUUGUGUUUGAAUUCUUCCACUUCACCUGUUGGAGUUGUUGCAAAUCAAAAUGCUGAACCGCUUCAGGCUAAUUCUGGGGUUAGACUUGCCAAACGAACAGCCGAGGAGGGAGUUUUACAGAGGCAGCGUUUGGAUACUCCUGAUGAAGAUGGAGAUUUGAGUUAUCAAAAAAAACGUGAGUGCAAGGACUUCCUGACAGGAACCAACUUCCUAGUGUACUGUAGCCACUUUCUGUCAGCAUGGGGAGAUCGUAUGUGGGCCUUUGGUGUUGGCCUGUUCCUUAUCAAGAUUUCACCAGAUUCCCUUCAGCUGACCGCAUCCUAUGGGCUUGCUUCAGGGCUCUCCAUUCUCCUUCUGGGAGCCCUGAUCGGAGACUGGGUGGACAACACACCACGACUCAAAGCUGCACAGCUGUCCCUGGUGCUGCAGAAUCUGUGUGUGGCUCUGUGUGCGGGGGUUGUGUACGUCAACCUCACCUACCAAGAGGACAUCGAGUCCAUGUGGGACGGGUGGCUGCAGAGACUGGCAUCAGCGGUCAUCAUCAUCCUGGCCAUCUUAGCCAAUGUGUUCAGCCUGGCACGCGUCAUCGCCGUGGAGAAGGACUGGAUUGUUGAAAUCUGUGGCAAGGACAAAGACAUGCUGGCAAGGAUGACAUCUACAUUGAGAAGAAUUGACCUUGCAACAAAGAUUUUGGCUCCAAUUGCAACCGGUCAGAUAAUGUAUUUCACGGAGAUGAGGAUUGGCGCUGUGUUCAUCGGUGGCUGGAACGUGGUGACAGUGUUCCUGGAGUACUACCUUAUAUGGAAGGUCUACAACACAGUGCCAGCUCUAAGCAAGAAGAAAUACUGGACGAAAAAUGACAGAGCAAAAGCAGAAUCCCCAGAAGAAGAAAUUGCUGUUGCGAAUGAGGCAAACCCUGAUCUGCCUAUAGAUGACAUUGAUGGUCAAACACAGAGUAGGGGAGACAACUCUAAUUUGGAAAUACCAGAUGCAGCUGAUGAGGACCAACAAACAAUAUCGUCUGAAAAAAUUGAAACUGCUGAAAGUUCAAAAGAAACGGAAGAUGUUCCUGAGGAAGAUAAAGAGGAACAUUUGUCCUGCUGUGGGAGUAUUCUAAAGAAAAUGUUUUCAAGUUUCGUAAUUCUCUACAAAGGUUGGCGGACAUACCUGACGUAUGAUGUGGCCAAUGCUGGACUUGGAUUGGCCUGCCUCUACAUGACUGUGCUAGGCUUCGAUAAUAUCACCACAGGCUACGCCUACUCUCAAGGAAUAUCCGAGUCCAUCCUAGGAGGCUUCAUGGGAGGUGCAGCUCUAAUAGGCAUUAUAGGCACACUGGCCUACCCGGCACUCCGGCGAUGUGUCGGACUGGAGAGGACCGGACUGUUUGCCCUCUCCGCGCAGAUCACUUGCCUGAUGAUGUGUGUCCUGUCAGUGUGGCUGCCAGGGAGCCCCUUCAACCCUUAUUACUUCUUCGAGGACCAUUCCCCCAGCAAUGAGACCACCUGCCCUACAGCAGCGUCUCUCAACUCCUCGUACACCACAGCGUCUCCACUUGUUGUCUCUUUCAACUCCUCGUACACCACAGCCACUGUGGCAGGAGUGAAGAAUCCUGGGGUGGCUGCUGUGGCCAUGGUUGUCAACAACACGACACCUGCUGUUCCGGGCUGUGAGGGGCCGACUGGUCCGGAGUCCUAUAUCUCCAUUGCCUUACUGAUGGCUGGCAUCAUCACUGCUCGGUUUGGGUUGUGGGUGGCAGAUCUCACUAUUACACAGCUGUUCUUGGAACGGGUGAAGGAACAUGAACGCGGGAAAGUGAAUGGCGUUCAGAACUCAAUCAACAAGCUCAUGGAUGUGCUCAAGUUCAUUCUUGUAGUUGCUCUUCCACAACCGCCUGUGUUUGGUUUCUUGGUGAUUGUUUCAUUUGCUUUCAUAUGUCUAGGCUUUGGGCUUUAUGCAUCUUAUUCCAGACGCUCACGGGGCCAUCUUCUACCAUUCCACAAGCACUGCCUCACAACAGAAGAGGCCAACAAUGCAGUCGCAGCUUAAACUUGGCCUUGCAUGUACACUGGUGCACAAUGGGAUCGUAGCAUUAUGACUAUCCACAUAUGUGUUAGUCUGGGAAUCAGCACCUGCUCAAACCUAUUGCUUGUUUUAAGAUAAAAUGCUGAUCCAUUCUAUUUGACCUUAUUUGACCAGAGCAUUGUAGGUCAAGGUCAAGGUCAAAUAGAGUCAAUUGUUCGGGAUUUUAGGUCCAUGUCAAGAUGCCAUGGCAUAGGUCAUACAAGAUUAAAACAUUGAAUUUAAGGAGCAAUUAUAAUGUUUUCUGUCUGUGUGAAAGCUUAUGGAAAUAAGAAACUGGUACCAUUUACAGAGUGAGAUGAAAUGGGCAUGAAUGGUGUAUUCAUGAUUAUUAUACUAUAUAGUGAUGUGCAUGCAUGCUUGUACGAGUCCGGACUUGUGCUGGUUUUACAGUGCUGACCGCCUCCGUGGUCUAGGGGGGCACGGGUGGCCCAGUCGUCUAAGGCGCCGCGAUUCGCUGUGCAGAGUUGCAUCCCUUGGGCACGCCAGAAACCUAUG